GCACUUGGUAACUACUCACAAUAGGCAUGCGUUCUACCUCUGUAUGAAAUGCCUACAAAACCAGUUACCAUGACUCCAUUCUCCAAACUCUUGGACUCCUACAUGCCUAUGUCCUCUCCUGUGGCAACUGCUUGUCAUGGAGGGGAAGAGAGGCGCAGCAUUGCCUGCGAAUUUGAGGGUGCCCUCCUCAUCUCAAGGAGACUCUUUGCCUACUUCAUGCUUGUUGCUCUUGAAGCUGGUGGCCCCAUCAGGGCUCUUACACUGCUCCUAGUCUUCCCUCUCCUAUGGUUGCUCGAGCUCGUCGGCCUUGAGAGGAUGGCUCUUCAACUGAUGAUCUUUGUAUCCACGGCUGGUCUUAGGGUCGAUGAUCUGAAGGCUGUGGCAAAGGCCACCCUGCCCAGAUUUUAUUUGGAAGACCUUAGGCAGAGAGCAUAUCAGGUUUUCUCGAGCUAUGAGGGGAAGAAAUUUGUGGUUACUUGUAUCCCCACGAUCAUGGUUGAGCCCUUCCUGAAGGAGUUCUUGGAUGUGGAUCAUGUGAUUGGCGCCGAACUGAAGAUGUUCAAAGAUUGCUCUGUAGGCUUGGUGGCAUCACCAGGAGUCAUGUUAGGUGCCCGUCGGCUCCAAGCAGAUAAGAGAUUGGGCAGUGGGCUAAGAGAUAAGACAUUCAUGUUGCUGUGCAGGGAACACCACCCGAUUCCGCCAGAAGAGACUUCCUCACCCUUGCGAAGAAAUAAUUAUCCUAAGCCAUUGAUCUUCCAUGAUGGUCGUCUCAUGGCUCAUCCCACGCCAUUGGCUUUCCUAGCUGUUAUCCUCUGGCUGCCCCUUGGCGCUCUCUUGGCCAUUUACCGGAUACUUGUGGGUGUCCUACUACCGUACAAGAUAGGCCUUGUGGGAUCUGCAGUAACGGGCUUUCGCAUUAGGGCCCAGUUUCCAAAAGCCCAACAUUCUCUCAAUACACCUGCAGCCGUGGGUGCGCCAAACAGGACGGGCACACUAUAUGUCUGCAAUCAUCGGACACUUCUCGACCCAGUGAUCGUAUCAACAGCGAUCCAACGAAAGGUGACUGCCGUUACAUAUAGUUUAAGCAGAUUCUCAGAGGUGAUUUCUCCAAUCUCAACCAUCCGAUUGACCAGGGAUCGCUUCAAGGAUGGCGCUGUGAUGCGAUCACUGCUCAAUCAUGGUGAUCUGGUAGUCUGCCCAGAGGGAACCACCUGCCGGGAGCCAUACCUCCUCCGAUUCAGCCCCUUGUUUGCGGAGAUCGCCGACAACAUCGUUCCAGUCGCUGUUACAGCUGAGGGUAGCAUGUUCUAUGGAACCACAGUCAGGGGGCACAAAUGGUUGGAUUCACUCUUCUUCCUAAUGAAUCCUAGGCCUUGCUAUCAGUUGCACUUCCUUGAAAGUAUAACAAGGGAUCAAAGAUCAAGCUAUGAAAUUGCAAAUGGCAUCCAACGGUUGAUUGGAGAAGCAGUUGGGUUCGAGUGCACCAAUUUCACGCGGAAGGACAAAUAUCAGAUGCUUGCUGGCCAUGAUGGUGCGGACACCAGGAGAUGA